AUUUUCUUACUACCUCUGUAACCCCGGAAAAUUUUCUUCCUCCGCUCUGAAGUGUCUCAGCCAACGUUCAGCCAUCUAGGGCUUGCUUCCCCCAUCUCAACAUAUCGCUGAUCCUCCUCCCUCUCUUUCGAGUCUUUUCUCUUCAGAUUUUCGGUAGAAUCUGGCUGAGUUUAGAGGUCUCCUGGAGUAUGAGAGAUUUCAAUUCGGAUCUGUUUGACCCAGGAACGGUGAUGGAGUCCCAUUUUUCUUGCCGUGCUUCGUCUUCGGAUGCCGAUUUUGGGUUCGCUUUUAAUGAUAGUAAUUUCUCCGAUAGGAUUCUCCGGAUCGAGAUUAUGGGUGAUUCCGUCGAGGCUAGGCCAGAUUCCGAAGGGUGUACCAGUAUCGCCGAUUGGGUUCGCCAUCGGAAGAGGAGGCGGGAAGAUAUCAAGAAGGACAACGUUGUAGAUCUUACAGUGUUGCCUGAUGAACAAAUUCUUAAUGGCAAUCAACCUGAUAUGGAUGACUGUGCACCCUGUGAAAAUCAAGAUGAAGAGGCAGUUGCAAUGGUUGAAGAAUUCGCCUCAGGUGAUGAAGCUGCAAACAGCAAUGACUCAAGCUGGACCAUGGAUUGCUCUGCAGUUGUGAGGGUUAAAACACUACAUAUCAGUUCUCCUAUACUGGCUGCCAAAAGUCCAUUCUUCUAUAAGCUUUUCUCUAAUGGGAUGAAGGAGUCCGAGCAAAGGCAUGUCACCAUUAGAAUUAAUGCCUCUGAGGAGGCUGCUCUCAUGGAACUUCUGAAUUUUAUGUACAGUAAUACUUUAAGCACAUACGCUUCUACAGCACCUGCUUUGCUGGAUGUGUUGAUGGCUGCUGAUAAGUUUGAGGUGGCUUCAUGCAUGAGAUACUGUAGCCGGUCAUUGCGGAAUAUGCCUAUGACACCUGAGUCUGCAUUGCUGUACCUGGAGCUUCCUUCCAGUGUCUUGAUGGCUGAUGCUGUCCAACCACUCACUGAUGCAGCAAAGCAGUAUCUUGCUACCCGAUACAAGGAUAUAACCAAGUUCCAGGAAGAGGUAAUGGCCCUGCCCCUGGCUGGAAUUGAGGCAAUUUUGUCUGGUGAUGAUCUUCAGGUUGCAUCAGAGGAUGCUGUGUAUGACUUCGUGUUGAAGUGGGCUAGAACCCAGUACCCCAAGCUAGAGGAAAGGCGAGAAGUCCUGGGGGCACGACUUGCACGUUUGAUACGCUUCCCUUACAUGACCUGCCGAAAGCUGAAGAAGGUCCUAACAUGUAGUGACUUUGACCACGAAGUUGCAUCUAAGCUUGUACUUGAAGCACUGUUCUUCAAGGCUGAGGCUCCACAUCGACAGCGGUCACUGGCUGCAGAGGAGCCUGCUUCCAUGAGCCGCCGUUUUGUGGAGCGGGCAUACAAGUACCGCCCUGUGAAGGUGGUAGAUUUUGAACUUCCCAGGCAGCACUGUGUGGUGUACCUAGACCUGAAGCGAGAGGAGUGUGCCAACUUAUUCCCUUCAGGAAGGGUAUAUUCUCAGGCAUUCCAUUUAGGAGGACAAGGGUUUUUCCUUUCCGCGCAUUGCAACAUGGACCAGCAGAGCUCGUUCAAUUGUUUUGGGCUGUUUCUGGGAAUGCAGGAAAAGGGCUCAGUUAGCUUCGCGGUGGACUAUGAAUUUGCUGCGAGGUCAAGACCAACAGAGGAAUUUGUGAGCAAAUACAAAGGGAAUUACAAGUUCACCGGGGGUAAGGCUGUGGGAUACAGGAACUUGUUUGCUAUUUCAUGGACCUCUUUCAUGGCGGAGGAUAGCCUUUACUUCAUAAAUGGUAUCCUCCACCUUAGGGCUGAGCUCACCAUUAGACGCUAACCUUGAAAGAUAUGUGUGAACUUAUUCUAGGUGGUAGCUUUGACCUUCUCUUCUUGUUACGCUUCUGGAAUCGAAUCAUGUAUAUUCAGGCAAUUGGCAAUGUGCCCCCUACGUCACUCUAGUUUCGCUUGAUAUCAUAACUUAAUUAGGCUUUCUUAUUA